GGGGGUAAACCGGUGCAAUAUAUCUUACGCAGAUAACGUUCGCCCAUAUAAGCGCUGUUCAAGCUGGACACCCGCUUCAUACUCGUGAUUUCGCUUUGUCACGAAGGUUUCACUGGGUUCCCCUGCAGCUGUCACGUGCAACAUCCCGCGGUAUUUGUCAUAUGUCAUUCUCGCACGAACGCCGGGAGCAGCGGUUCGUCAACUCCGGACUGGAAUUUUCGGCUCAAGGGCCAGGCGACCGAAAUGGCAUCGAGUCGCAAAUGUUUCACCGAUGAACUACCAUUCUCCGGUGGUCAUGGGAGCAAGACGCUGUUCACGGAUGACAUCGACGUCCUGGACGUGGUGGACUUCCCCUGCCUUGUGGACGAUGACACAAUGGAAUUCCUGCGCAGCCAUGGCCGCAUCUUGUUCUUGUCGCGUGGCCCUCCGGGCUCGGGUAAAGGGACCGUGGCCUCGCGACUGCACGAGCUGUACCCGGGCAGCCGCCUAUACUGGGCGGACAAGAUGUUCCUCACACCCAUGGCUCCGCCCAGGACCAAGAAGACUCUGGAGCAGUCGCACAAUCUCUGCAAGCAAAAGAUUACUGAGUACAUGCAGCAGAAUGAGCCAGUCAUCAUCAACAGGAACACCAACAUGACAGUGUGGGAGACGUCCCAGUACCUAAAGAUAGCUGCUAUGUAUGGCUAUACGGUGAUCAUCCUUGAUAUCGACAAGAACUUUAUAUUGAAGCCUGAGGUUCUAGCAGUAACCAACAGCAAGGGGCUGGACCAACAUUACAUGAAGAAUCGACUGAAGCAGUGGGAGCAUGUGUACCCGUACGCAAUGGGCUGGUCGCCUAGGCCUCGUGAUGCUGCAUCCCUGCUGCGUCGUUACAAGAAGCUGGUUGCUGAGCUCAUCAAUGGCGACAAGAGCAUAGGGCUCAAGCCUGUCCAGUGGACGCAGUUCUUCCCCUUCUGUGUCGCAAGAGUGUGCUGGUUUGGACGGGAUGAGCGCGAUAGGGAGUACUGCCACAGUGAACUGGUGAGGCACGCCUACGGCCGACGUGACACACUUUGUGCGUUUGGCUAUGCUGUCACCCGAGGUUUUGUGUUUGCCAUGGUGGAUGUCGGUGAGAAAGUGGCAUUACUCGGCAGUGAGGACAAAGCUGAUGGAGACGUAGAGGCAGUGACACGGCAGUUGUCCUUGAGCCUCGGCUUCCAAACGUGGGAAGAAGUCGCCUGCACUGUCGACAUUUCCAAAUUUACGCCCACGAAAGGUUGCACUGACGAAGGCAAUUUAUGCCUUGGAGACAAGGUUAUUUUUAAAGAUGUGCCCCCGUCAAGGAUCACCUUCAUGCCCCUUGGCUUAACCGAUGGGACUGAGUACAGCUACAGCAAGGCUGUUGCUGCUUCUUUGGAGCUACUGUCACCAAGGUUGCAAUCUUGGUCUGAAUCUGCCAUGGUGGGGGUGAAAUGUGCGAAGAGUGUCAGUGGCAUUGAGGUUUAUGGAUCAGCGGCGCCAACUGAUGAUGCCUGCCUUCUGGUUGUUGACCGUGCGACCGUAAAGCUGGAUGUUGUCUUCACAGGCUACUACCAGCCCCACACGACAUCGCUCGGUGGCCGCAGCUCGUCAGGUGCACAAAAUACUAGCUCCACAAGACAGCCAUACAAUAGUGGUGGUCGUUACAGAGCUUUCAACCGACCUCGCUGAGUGUGACAGUGCCUUGGUGCUAGUGCAUCUGCAGUCACCAAAGACGGCGUAUUGAGAUGGAUACUCCACCAUCGUACAUGACUUGCAAGUGCCAGAGACUGGAGGCCCUCAAGUUAUGUUGCAACAUUCAUGCUCACUGAUGCCAACACCUUUCUACGCUUUAUAAAAAUGCUAUUUAUCACAUCGUGAACUGAGCAAAGAUUAAUAGAAAGCAUAAAAAAGGAAUACAAUGUACAGGUCUACUAUUUCACACUGUGAUAAGCUGCGCCUAUCGUUCUGUGAUUUGAGAUUUUUCUGUCUAAUGAAUGCCCUCGAAAUGUGUAUAUGUGGCAGCUAAUCACUAUUGUGUACACUUCUGUUGAAUAAAAUUUUUACUCUUGGUAA